AUGCGUUUAUUAGUCCAUAAACCACGUUGCCUAGCUCCGGCGGCGGCAAAAUCAGCGUCGGGUUGGUUGAUCCGAUUCUACACGCCGACUUUGCCUCCGUCAAAUAAGAUGUUUUCAACACAGGAGGGUUGUUGGGUGGAUAUAAUGCUGCUGCUUCCCCUUUAUUUGAUAUCAGAAAUCUUGAAAAAGCUCCCAGUAAAAUCCUUGAUACGAUCUAAAUGUGUGUCCCGAGCUUGGCUAUCAAUCAUCAGUGAUCCAUCAUUCGCCAUGGACUACUCUAGUGGAUCUCGAAUUCUGGUGAUUGCUCAACCCAAUGAUGUCCCCGAUUUUAAUCCUCGCUACAGUCAUUCCUUCAUUUGUGUCAGCCUUGAUGGCGGCGGCAAUUGCAACGAUAUGUUUCUCCAUCAUGAAGUGGUUCAUGGCGAUUGCGAGGAACACAUGAAAAAGUGCACAAACAUAGUGAAAGGUCUUGUGUGUUUCUACCGAGGCCAGGAUUGCUGGAUGUACAACAUUACCACCCGCGAGAUGGUUCAGCUUCCUCCUCCUAUCUCAACCCAUGCCCAUGAUCAUCAUGUGGUAUUCCAUUUUGGUUUUGAUCUCGUCAACAAACGCUACAAAUUACUCCGGACAUGCCCUAGUUGUCCUCACGUCGAGAUUCUAACUAUUGGGGUAGAUUCUUGUUGGAGAACAAUUGUGGGCGCCCUUUCACCCCAAGACAUUGGAACACGAGGGGCUUCCUAUUUAGGUGGAUGUCUUUGCUGGAUGGACAAUCUUGGUAAACAACUUACUUGUUUUCCUCUUGCUCAUGAGAAGUUUAUUCAGGUUCCCAUCUACGAUUCUACUUGCUUUCCAGAUUUGAAACCAGUGAAUUUCGGACCCAACAUAACUAUUGCGAGACCUAAUUAUGGCCCCAAUUACUUGGUACACAAAAGUAACAACGUUGGAGAGAUCAGAAUGAUUAAGAAUAUUGAUCGUCUCCCGGAUAUACAAGUCGUCAAACCAGCUUCCCCCCCCCAAGGGAGCACAUUUUACACGUGCCGUAGGAGUCCUUCCCGACGGGAAAAUGCUCAUUUAUGA